CAUCCUUCCUCCGCGCAUGCUGUGCGCACUCGCUGCCAUCGGUGUCGAGGACUUUUUGCAUUUACUUGGAUACUGUAUGGACGGUUCAACCAAUCACGUGGCCCCACUGCGAAAGAUCGGCCAUGAAGCGGCGCGGCCACCCGCCGUCGUCAUUGGAAGCUCAGCUUGUCUCGAAGCCCGUCUUGGCGCUGGAUUUUCACAUCGUGUGGUGGCUGCAUGAUUGCAAGUCGGUAUAUCCAAAUGCCUCUGCCGUCGUCCACACUCUCGUAUCGCGGUACAGGACCCAAGACAUCUCCCUCUUGCUCUGGAUCUUCUUCUUCUACAUCGUGUCGGACCUGGGCAUUCCGUACUUUUACACAUGCGUUGGGAAUCUCGUCGCAGUCGUCGUGCUGCAGUACUCGAUCGACGCCAAGCGGCCCAUCGACUACGACGACAGCUUAUACGAGCAUGCGUGUACUGAUCCGGACACAAAAGGGUUUCCAUCCGUCGAUUCCCACAUGGUCAUCGUGGUCAUCGGCCCUGCACUCACCUCACCCGCAGUCUCGGCGACCACCAUUGCGCUCAUGGUCGUGUCAGGGCUCAUCAUUGCGUUCACCCGCGUUUUCGUUGGCGUCAGGUUUCCGUCACAGAUCGUUGGCAGUUGGGGCACUGGUGUCAUGGGCGUCCUCGUCGCCAACUUCAUCCACGUGAGUGUUCUUCACCACGCAAGCACUGCCGCGCUACCUGCGUCGUUCCAUCGAGUCGUCGUGGUCUGUGUGAUUGUGGCAGCGCUCUUUUGUAUGGCGUCGUGGGUAGAAGCCAGCGACAGCCGCAACUUUGGCAUCCCUCGGCACGAAUUUUCCCGCGUGUUGAAAACAAUCGUGACGAGCGGGACCGAUGACGUCGCACCGACCACCGACGGAAGCAGCCAUCGACGGGACUCGUUCUACUAUCUCAUGAAGUCGGUGCACAGCCGCAGGCGGCCAGACCCUGCCGCCGCAGUCCAACCCCCGCGUGUCCACUUUGCCGCGGCUGUACCAGAGCAGCAAGGACCCAAGGAGUAGGGCCUUUCAACUGCAUAACCAACUCGACCACUGGUUUUGUGUUUGGUUGGAUGGCCGAGGUCCAUCGUUCGCGCGCAGUG